AUGGCUUUAGAUUUUUCAGCCACGUACAAGUUAUUGGUGUUAGGCGAUUCUAAUGUUGGCAAAACGUGCAUUGUGCAUAGAUACUGUGACGAAAGAUAUUACGAUAUUUAUAUUUCGACAAUAGGUAUAGAUUUCAAGCAGAAAAUAAUUAAUUUGGACGGAGUACCCAUUAAACUACAAAUAUGGGAUACAGCGGGGCAAGAGAGAUUCAGGACCCUCACAACUGCGUAUUACAGAGGCGCAAUGGGAAUCAUUCUCAUGUACGAUAUAACUAACUUGGAGUCCUUCAACCAUCUUUCUUACUGGCUGAGAAAUAUUCAAGAAUACGCCUCGCCCGAUGUGAUCAAAGUCCUCGUAGGAAAUAAAUGUGACGUACAUGAAAACCACAGAGCUGUGCCAAGAGAAAGGGGACAGAAGAUAGCCGACGAUUUUGAUAUGCCAUUUUUUGAAGUAUCCUGCAAGAACAACGUUAAUAUAGAAGAAGCGUUCCUUACUUUAGCACGAAAAAUAAGGGAAUACAGAGAUUCUAAGGCGGAUGCUUUUGAGUUAAAAGAAAGAGACAACGUUAUCAACCCUUCAGAAUCUGAAACAGAUGAAUCGAAAUGCAGCUGUUAA